GUUUGACUACUGCCAAAACUACUAGUAAGCACCGAUUGAAAUUUUCAUACAGGGCAGAGCAUAUGCUGUAAACUUCAAUUAUGACAUCCGACUACACCUUUGCGAAACCAGAGGUCGCUCUGGACGAGGGAAUUUAUGCCUUCUUGGAGGACUUUUACCGCAUCUCCGACGACCCUGAGGGACAUGAAACGUACCUCCAGCAAUUUACACCGGAUGCAACCGUGAUAUUGGCUACCUACAAAACCAAAGGAUCAGAAGAAAUCCGCAACCUCCGAAAGCAAAUGUGGGUCAAGGUCGCGGGCCGCAAGCACAAAGUCCACCGCGUCUUUGCGGCCGCAGCUGGAUCCCCCGAAAUCAUGCUAUACGGGGAGGUGACGCAGAAGCUGAGGAGCGGAGGCGAGUUGAUCAAGGAUUGGGCUGCGCGCGGGAUUCUGGAGAAGAGUGCCGAUGACGGAAAGUGGCGGUUUGCGUUUUAUCAGGUUUAUCUGGACAUGUCAAAUUGAGUGUCUAGUCACCUUGAUUGCUUUGUACAGGCCAAAGAAAAGUCUGUAGUUGUCAUCAACCCACAACCCAAUCGCUAGCUUAGCCAGAGCAUCAACUCAACGGUACGGGGGCCCUUGGGUGAUUGUCGAAAUCUCUGUCGAAGCUGGGCCUUUGUCCUCGAGAAUUCGGUUUCUGGAGCUGGCCGAGAUAAAUGCGGGAUUACCAGCGACUCGGGCGCGUAGGCGUGCAUGCCGAUGUUAUCUUAGACAUGCCAUCGGGUUCUCUCGUUUCGACAGCAACGCCCGGCUGCCUGCAAAAAAGGCCCAGUCCCCAAAUACACAGAAAUCGGGGCAAGGACUAAAAUAACUUUGGUGAUCUUCUCGGUCAUAUUUCCUUUUACCCUUGGUCCUCCAAAAAUUAUAGGAAUUUUCUUGGCGCGGCCCUGAAGCCAACCCUAGCUAAUAACGCGGCGAUCUUCCUGGUGUGCUGGUCCUUUAUUCAAGGCACACGGUCAAUCUGGGUGUAAUGUGAUAAUCAGAUGGUUUCUGCUGUCAACUGGAUAUUUGCAAUUGUUUACGUUUUUAUUACGAAUGUUGCAACGAUGAAACACAAAAUUAACCUUAUAUAUGGAAAAGUUCGUGACUCGUCGACCUUGUGUACUACAAGCCUGGGCCUCAGAUUUGAUAUUUCCGGAUCUGAAUCGAGC